GCAGAGAGCAAAGCCACAUAAAAUCAAGAACAAGAUUUGUCUCACCCCACCAAUGGCAAAACGAGAGGCAAAGAGGAAUUGAAGAAGAUGAAGUUUCAACUCACCGGCCUCAUUAAGCCACACGAUUCUAUAUCCCCUUCUAUCUACUUUCUUUCUCAACUCCCUUGACCCACAUUUUCCCCUGUGUUCAUCUUUCAGAAUCUCCAUGAUGAAAGGCUUUUGAAGCUUUUUCCCUCAUUAUUGUCAUUAACUAGGAUUCAAUUCACAAUGUUAUCGGUUUGCUCGGCGACCCCUAGCUGUUCUUCUCAAUCUAAGAUUACUUUCCAUGGUGGACUGAGACCCUUGCUCCCAUUCCAAAAGGAUAUUCAAGUUGGCAGCCAUGCUACAGCAGAUGGGAGCUUCACAGGCUUGCUUCGAGGAACUCAAUUCCAUGGAGGUUUUCAUAAAGCUUUCACCACAAGAUCAUCAUUCUCUAAUUUGACUAUGAAUGCUCAAAACCCAUUAUCCAUAGGUGGAGUGAAAUAUGUAGAGAAUUCCAGUUUAUCUGCGGGAGAAGAGACACUCCAUGUUUCUGGACUACCUGGUGAAAUUACUUCAGUUCAAGUUUUAACUGUAGAGCAUGAAACUGGGUUAACUGAUAAAAUUGCAUCCGAUAAAAUGCUCUUUGUAGCUGACUCCCUAAAUGUGGAUAACAAUUCAGUUUCUAAUUUGAAAGCAAGUGCAGAGGAUUUUUUGGAUCGCGUCAGUGAGUCCUUUAAUGCCUCUAUACAACAAGGGGAAAACACUAUUGAGAAAUCAUUGGAUACUAUUAACUCAUCGAUAUCAGCGUUGAUUAAACGGGGCAAUCAAAGUGUAGAUGAUGCCUUCAAUAGUAUAUUUUCAUCUGUUGAUCAGAUUGGGGAACAAGGUAGUAAUGGACUCACCAACUUUUCAACUGGGCUCAAGGAAGGAUCAAUUAAAGCUUCUGUUUCUGCAAUCAAUUUACUGAGACAUGCCGUUGUUGCAAUUGAGGAUUCUCUGAUAAAUGCAACUUCAUUUGUUGUCUACUCCUAUGGGUCAGUGAAGGAACUCUUUCCUCCUGAAAUUAGGAAUGCUUUAAGUUCGUCCGAGCAAAGAGCAGCUGAAAUCUUAAGUCCUGUCAGGACUGGUUUUCAACAGAUUUACCUUACUGUUGAGAGUUUGGAGAAAAUCAUUGGCUUAGAUCCAAGUGAUCCGCUCGUUCCAUUUAUACUCCUCCUUGGAAGCUCUGUCACUCUGUGGAUUUUCUAUUGGACAAGGACAUAUGGUGGUUAUUCUGGAGAUUUAUCUCCUCAAGCAACUUUGGAGCUUCUGAAAGGAUCUGAUAAUGCUGUUCUUAUUGAUGUCCGGCCUGAGGAUUUGAGAGAAAAAGAUGGCAUUCCUGAUCUAAGACGUGGAGCACGAGCUCGCUAUGCAAGUGUAACUCUACCAGAGGUUGAUGGCUCUAUACGGAAGUUAGUAUCAAGUGGAAGGGACCUUGAUGACACUUUACUUGCUUCUGUCAUCCGGAACUUAAAGAUUGUUCAGGACAGGUCCAAGGUUAUCGUCAUGGAUGCCAAUGGUACAGGUUCUAAAAACAUUGCUAGAUCAUUGAGAAAACUUGGGGUCAAGAAACCAUACUUGAUCCAAGGUGGAUUUCAGUCCUGGGUGAAACAGGGCCUCCGCAUCAAGGAGCUCAAACCCGAAACGGCACUUAGCAUACUGAAUGAGGAAGCUGAGGCAAUCCUGCAGGAAAUAAAUCCGUCUCCUGUACAAGUUCUGGGUUAUGGUUUGGGUCUCGCUGCCACUUUGUAUGCUUUACUAGAGUGGGAGACUUCGCUACAAAUAAUUGGCAUCAUUGGCAUUAGUCAGACAAUUUAUCGGCGAGUUGCAUCUUAUGAAAAUGCUGAAGAUUUGAACAAAGAUUUCAGGCUGUUAUUUAUUCCAGUCAGUCUUGGAGCUCAGGCAUUAUCGUGGGCUGCUGGGAAACUGGAGACGAACGGCAUUGGACUACCAACGUCUCCUUCCUCCUCGGAUGUUCAAAACAGGGUGUUGCAGGCCGCUGCAAAGCACGAAUCUCAGCCUUCGGUCGAUGAAGGUAUCCAAAACAGACCGCCCGAGGCAACAAUUCCAGUCAGUGAGGGUAUAGAUCUUUCUGAGGCAUAGAACAAUGUUUUCUGGCGGUACAUAAUGCUUGUUAAUGAAAGUCCCUUCUUCUGAACUUGAUUGUUGAUCCAACUAUACUAACAGUAUAACAAGUUUGAAAUGGAUGGCUGCUUUGCUCAGCUACUCAAGAAAUAUCGUAAGCUGAUACCUCUGCCUUCUCUCUCUCUCAUAAAAGAUGUAGAGUCCUUUGCAUAUACUAAAUCAAUGUUGACUUGCAGUA